AUGUUUAGGAACCCUCGAGAGAAUCGCGAGCUCCCUGAUACUGCUCGAUUAAUCCCAUCAACGGGUCGUGCACCCUCGCCACCCCACUCCUCAUCGAGAGUUGCGGACAUGGCGGCCAAACCCAUGGCAAAAAAAAGCCACGCCCAAAGGGAAACCAACGGCAGGAACAGACUUCGGCCGCAAGGUCCCGCGAACGGCAACAUUAUGGCUUUUUUCAAGAAAGCCGAGGAUAUCAACAAUCGUAUAUUUCUGCAGGAACGUGGCUCAAAUCCGAUCAUCGAGCUUGACAGCACGGAGGAGGACGUAGGCUGGAGCGAUGAGGUCGCGGCUGCCAGCGGCGUCAUCUCCUCGGCAAGCGACGACGCGACGCGAUAUAACGAGAGUGGGGGGAGCAACAAGAAGAGGAAGUUGGACGAUGAAGCGCUGGUCUCCGCGUGUUCUCCGCCCCCUCCGGAGGCUGUCAUUGCCCCAGCUGCUGAAGCUCUACCAUGCAAAGCACCGGAGCUCCCGAAGCCCCGGACAAAGUCUGGCCCAUUUGUGGACGACUCAGACGAUGAUGAUGAGGGAGCUGAAUUGCUUAUUCCUAGACGAGGUACGAUCAAGCAGGAGCCUACUGAAGAUUUGCGAAGUUCUAAAACCCAGGAGGACUCAGCACACCCUGAUGACGCAGAACCGACAGCCGAUCACAGACCGCUCAUCUUAAAAACUGAAGACACAUCGCAAUUUGAACUUGAUGAGUUCGAUGAGGCCGAUCUUGAGGAUGACGAGCUUUUGGAGGGUGAAGAGUACGAUGAGCGGCGAUGGAUGAAAGAACAGAGGAAGCUAGAGAUUGAAGCAGCAGGUUUCGAGGGCGAUCCAGACGACUUCGAUGCACCUUCCCUAUUUCCCAACGAAACGAACGACGAUGACUCGACCGACGAAGCGACCGACGCCACCACACCUACAUGCCCGUUGUGCAACAGCAGCUUGGCAGGCUUGUCGGAACAAGAGAGCUCUGUGCACGUCAAUGCGUGCUUGGACGGGAAGCCAAUACCAUUGCCUUCAACACCAAGGUCAGAGCGUGAUAGUAUACCUACGCCUAUGACGACGGCAAAGGCUUUCAAGCGGCCAGUAAGGCCACCAAGAGAGGCACAAGCAAAUCCAUUUCAACUUGGAGCUAAGAAGGAAGGAGGAUCAACAUCUGCAUUCUCAAAGCUGAUGGCCGGUCACGCUGAAGAUGCUGCAUGGGCGACAGCUGCAGCGGCCAACAAUGCGGCUAGAGGCAAACCGUCGUUCGAGCGCACAUGUCCGUUCUACAAAAUCAUGCCUGGCUUCUUCAUAGCUGUCGAUGCCUUCCGCUAUGGGGCAGUCAAGGGCCAGAAUGCCUAUUUCCUUAGCCACUUCCACAGCGACCACUACAUCGGCUUGACCUCGUCUUGGUCACAUGGUCCCAUCUACUGCAGCAAGGUGACUGGUAACCUUGUAAGACAGCAACUGCGCGUUGACCCCAAGUGGGUUGUUGAUCUAGAGUUCGAAAAGAAGACUGAGAUUCCAGGCACUGACGGCGUCCACUGUACCAUGAUUUCGGCGAACCAUUGUCCUGGUAGUUCCCUGUUUCUUUUCGAAAAAGAGAUCAACAAAGGCCCGAAACUGAAGCUGCAGCGAGUCCUCCACUGCGGCGACUUUCGAGCGUGCCAGAUGCAUAUCGAGCAUCCUCUCUUACGACCAGAUGUUAUCGAUGCAGUCAGUGGCACGAAUAGACAACAAAAGCUUGAUGUAUGCUACCUCGACACAACUUACCUUACGCCAAAAUACGCAUUUCCGCCUCAGCAGCAAGUUAUACAAGCAUGCGCAGAUAUGUGCGUCUCACUUAAUAAGGUUCGAGCCGACGAGACCGACGCUUGGGAGCAGAUGAAGCGCGAUCGUGCCGGCGCUGGUAUGGCCAAGUUUGUGCGCAAGACUUCAACAGACGACCCCACAGAGCCACCCAAGUCGCCGAAUCGCGGUCGUCUCCUGGUGAUAGUAGGAACAUACAGUAUUGGUAAAGAGCGCAUUUGCGUCGGAAUCGCCAAAGCCCUUGGGUCACUCAUAUAUGCACCACCCAAUAAACAGCGCAUCUGCCGCGCUCUUGAGGACCCCGAGCUCAAUGCACUAUUCACUACCGAUCCACGGAAGGGACAGGUGCACAUGACACCUCUCUUUGAGAUCCGUGCUGAUACUUUGGACGACUAUCUUCGCGACUACGCAGAUGUGUUCUCUCGUGCCGUCGGCUUCCGACCCAGUGGCUGGAACUACCGGCCGCCAAACUCGCGACUUACAGAUUCACCUCUAGUGUCUACUGUUCUACACUCGUCGAAUUGGAAGAGCGCAUUCUCAAUGAAAGAUCUCACACCCCAGCGUGGCAGCACAGGGCGCGCAUCCUGCUUUGGCGUCCCAUACUCCGAGCAUAGCUCUUUCAGGGAGCUGACGAUGUUCUGCUGUGCGCUCAAUAUCGACAAGAUCAUUCCAACGGUUAACGUUGGAAGUGCGAAAAGCAGGGAGAAGAUGAAGGUUUGGUGCGAGAAAUGGGCGGCAGACAAGAAGAAGAACGGGUUAUUCAGGUUAGGUGAGGAUGGUUGGUGUUGA